AUGGCUGAGAUUCCUUCCACUAAGAGAUGGCUUCCUCUAGAAGCUAACCCUGACGUCAUGAAUCAGUUCUUUUGGGGCCUCGGUGUUCCACCAGAUGAGGCAGAGUGCUAUGAUGUGUAUGGCUUGGAUGAUGAACUGUUGGAAAUGGUCCCGAAGCCAGUACUAGCUGUGCUGUUUCUUUAUCCAAUCACAUUACAGGUGUGUGGUUUCAGAUAUCUGUGCGUGUCCUCCUUUUGA